CUGAACUUCGUUCGAUUUUAUCUUCCUUUGCUUAUCCAGAAACAUGAGAAAGUAAUAUAUUUGGAUGAUGAUACCAUUGUUCAAGGUGACAUCCAGGAACUCUACGACACUAAGUUAGCUCCUGGACAUGCUGCAGCUUUUUCAGAUGAUUGUGAUCUGCCUUCUACACAUGAAAUGAUUAGAAGUGUAGGGAUGCAGAACACAUACAUGGGCUUCCUGGACUACAGAAAGCAAGCAGUUAGAGAUCUUGGCAUCAGCCCCAGCACCUGCUCCUUUAAUCCUGGAGUAAUUGUUGCUAACAUGACUGAAUGGAAACGUCAACGGAUUACAAAGCAGUUGGAAAAGUGGAUGCAAAGAAAUGUAGAGGAAAACCUCUACAGCAGCACCCUUGGGGGAGGUGUGGCAACCUCUCCAAUGCUGAUUGUAUUUCAUGGAAAGUAUUCCACUAUUAAUCCUAUGUGGCACAUAAGGCAUCUUGGUUGGAGUCCUGAUACCCGUUACUCAGAGCAUUUUCUUCAAGAAGCUAAAUUACUUCAUUGGAAUGGGAGAUACAAACCUUGGGACUAUCCCAGUGUUCACACUGAUCUCUGGGAAAACUGGUUUAUUCCUGACCCUUCAGGGAAGUUCAAAAUAACUCGUCCUGAUAGCUGAUACUGAAAACACUUAAAUGCAUUCAUACACUAUGUUUUGCAGUAUGCAAUAGUUUGAGAUGCAACGCGUUUUAUAAUUAACUGAUUUUAGAAAACUAAGUAUUUGUUAAAUAUGUGAAUAAAUGACCAUCAGUUUUGUGUGCUUACAGCUGGAGAGGGAGGCUAGAGUGACAGUUACACAGUUCAGAUUAUCUUUACUUUCCUGUAAGGUGAGGAAACAGUUUACACUUACAGAGGUGAUGCAUUAAA